UAGGGGAGUGGUCGGACCGUGGGCAGCGACGGGUGAGAAGCGGGGUGGGGGGCGGGGGGCAAUCAUGGCUCUGCGCGGCUGGCAGCGUUCGACCCUCCGCCGCGGUGUUGAUGGCAGCGGCCCCCAGGCCCUUCUCACGCGGCCGCUCUGGUUGCUCCUUGCACUGGGCGUCUUUGGCUGGGCCGGAGCUAUGGACGGCGAAGGCGGAGCAUCGAGAGCCAUGGACGAGGAGAUCGUGUCUGAGAAGCAAGCUGAGGAGAGCCACCGGCAGGAUAGUGCCAAUCUGCUUAUCUUCAUCUUGCUGCUUACCCUCACCAUUCUCACGAUCUGGCUCUUCAAGCACCGCCGGGCCCGCUUCCUGCACGAAACCGGCCUGGCUAUGAUUUAUGGUCUUUUUGUGGGCCUUGUGCUUCGAUAUGGAAUUCAUGUUCCCAGCGACGUAAAUAAUGUGACUCUGAGCUGUGAAGUGCAGUCAAGCCCAACUACCUUAUUGGUAAAUGUUAGUGGAAAAUUUUAUGAGUAUACGCUGAAAGGAGAAAUUAGUUCACAUGAACUAAAUAACGUCCAAGAUAAUGAAAUGCUUAGAAAGGUUACUUUUGAUCCGGAAGUAUUUUUCAACAUAUUACUUCCUCCUAUCAUAUUUUAUGCAGGAUAUAGUCUGAAAAGAAGACAUUUCUUUCGAAACCUUGGAUCUAUUCUAGCAUAUGCUUUUCUUGGAACAGCAAUUUCUUGUUUCGUAAUUGGGUCAAUAAUGUAUGGCUGUGUAACACUGAUGAAAGUAACUGGACAACUUGCAGGGGAUUUUUACUUUACAGAUUGCCUGCUGUUUGGUGCCAUUGUAUCAGCAACUGAUCCAGUGACUGUUCUUGCCAUAUUCCACGAGCUUCAAGUUGAUGUUGAACUUUAUGCACUUCUUUUUGGUGAAAGUGUCCUCAAUGAUGCUGUUGCCAUAGUGCUGUCUUCGUCAAUAGUGGCAUACCAGCCAGCUGGAGACAACAGCCAUACCUUUGAUGUCACAGCCAUGUUCAAGUCUAUUGGGAUUUUCCUUGGGAUCUUCAGUGGAUCUUUUGCGAUGGGUGCUGCUACUGGAGUGGUGACAGCUUUAGUGACAAAGUUCACCAAAUUACGGGAGUUCCAUUUAUUGGAGACAGGCUUGUUCUUCUUGAUGUCCUGGAGUACCUUCCUCUUGGCUGAAGCAUGGGGUUUCACAGGAGUGGUUGCAGUGUUGUUCUGUGGCAUCACACAGGCCCAUUAUACAUAUAAUAAUUUGUCCACGGAGUCUCAGCACAGAACUAAACAGUUGUUUGAGCUUCUCAAUUUCUUGGCAGAGAAUUUCAUCUUCUCUUAUAUGGGACUGACACUGUUCACCUUCCAGAACCAUGUCUUUAACCCAACAUUUGUAGUAGGAGCAUUUAUUGCUAUUUUUUUGGGAAGAGCUGCCAAUAUUUACCCCUUGUCUCUCUUACUUAAUUUGGGUAGAAGAAGUAAGAUUGGAUCAAAUUUUCAACACAUGAUGAUGUUUGCUGGCCUUCGUGGAGCAAUGGCAUUUGCCUUGGCCAUUCGAGAUACUGCCACUUAUGCACGGCAAAUGAUGUUCAGCACCACACUUCUGAUUGUGUUUUUUACUGUGUGGGUAUUUGGUGGUGGCACCACUGCCAUGCUGUCCUGCUUGCAUAUAAGAGUUGGUGUUGAUUCAGACCAAGAACAUUUGGGUAUUCCUGAAAAUGAAAGAAGAACUACCAAAGCCGAGAGUGCCUGGCUCUUCCGGAUAUGGUACAACUUUGAUCAUAACUAUCUGAAGCCUCUUCUGACACACAGUGGGCCUCCUCUCACAACAACACUCCCUGCUUGCUGUGGACCCAUCGCCAGAUGCCUAACCAGCCCCCAGGCUUAUGAAAACCAGGAACAAUUGAAAGAUGAUGACUCCGAUCUUAUUCUCAAUGAUGGUGAUAUUAGUUUGACCUAUGGGGAUUCUACUGUGAACACUGAAUCAGCAACAUCUGGUGCCCCAAGGAGAUUUAUGGGAAACAGUUCUGAAGAUGCUUUGGAUCGGGAGCUUGCAUUUGGAGACCAUGAACUGGUCAUUCGGGGAACACGCCUGGUUCUUCCUAUGGAUGAUUCUGAACCCCCAUUAAAUUUGUUAGAUAGUACGAGACAGAGUCCAGCAUAAACUUACUAAUACUCACUUAUUGAUUUGUACAAUUUGCACAUGUGAUUGUGAAGAAAUUCGUACUACGUACUACCUAAAAAGUCCCAGUGCAUGUCUGAAUGUUUAAGCUAUAUAAAUGCUAUUUAUAUGGCAUCAAAAGAAUGUAAAUAUCACAUACAAGGAAAAUUGUGAAAAAACUCUUUUGUUAUGUUUUAUUGGCUGCAGUAUGUAGACUAGAUCUGUUUUAGAAAUUUAUUUUCAGUGAUGAUGUGUGUUCUGUUAGCUUUAUGUCUCAUUUAAAAUAUAAAAGGUAACAGAUUUACCCUUUCUUAUAUUUACCUGAUACUUAACCAGAGUUACGUUCUUGUGAUGUGAGCUAAUUUUGUUUUGUGGGAGGGGAGAGGAAAAGAGGGGAGGGGGAGAAGAAGAAAGAGGGAAUGUUAUUUCUGGGAGAGCCCAGGGAGGAGAGAUUCCUUUGUUGGGAAACUUAUGUUGAUUGCAUCUGCUUUUGUGCUGACCUUUUUCUCUGUUUUGGCGAAAGAGGCUGAUGCCAUUCUUAUCUUGCCCCAUUUAGGGUGGGGAGUGAAGUGUUGGGCCCCUUUUCCCCCUUGCUAUGAAAGAACUGAUUCCUUGACUGACUACAGUACAUUGUUGUUGGGAAAAGAAAGCUGCAACUGAUUUCCAAGACUUGGUUUCUUUUCUUCCAGACCAAGACCAUGGAAGGAGAUGCUUCCAGCAAGCUUAGCCAAAGUACAGGUGUAUAUAGUUCAGGGCACUUGAUUUCAAUUUGGAGGGGCUGGGGUGGGCUGAGAGGGGGCAGAGGGCAGGAGGGGAGAAAAGAGAAUGGUGGUUUGCAGGUCUCUCUUCCCAAAUAUGUAAAUAUUCUAUACCAGAUAAGUUUAAAUAAGAAACUCAAUUGCUGCUUACGUUUUGAUUUCUAUACGUGAUCUAUAUAACAAGCUUUGUGUUCAGAAAUUUUAAUAUCGAUUUAAAUCGCUGCUCUAUAGCAGACAGACAGGAGCAAACGUAAAAAUUUUGAACUUACUGUGUCUAAUUGUCAUUUGUUAGUCUAUAGGUAAUGUUAAAAGUUAAUUUAUGAACCCAUGAUUGUUGCACACUACACUGAAGUUGGUCAUAGGAGAAAUUCAGUGCUGUGGAGAACUUAUUGUAAGGGUGGUGACUCUGUGUGCGCUGGUGUAGUUGUCUUUAUUUUCAUGUUACUACCUAAGCUGCCAUGUGUUUUUGGUUUUUACAGUUUUCAAGGAAGAGUACAUAACAAUUUCCCCUUUCAUAUUCAGAGUAUGAAAGUGGAUGCUAUUUUGUGAUGCUGAAAAUACCUAAAGCUUGGAAAGGGGAUACUUUCUUAUGUUGAUUCUGACCUGUUAAUGUUACAAAAGGAAAAGAGAAACUUUUGUGGGUGCCCCCUUCUUCCCGUCAGGUCUGAGUAGCAUUGCCUUAAAUUUUACCCAGUUCAAAAAUUGAUUUAUUCCCACGAUGUUCAAAUUUUCCAAUGAAAAAUAUCUUUCCAAAAAAUAUAUAUUUAUUCUCCCAAAGGUAUGUGUGCUGUUGUAAAUACUUGAGAUUUUAAGAGAAUUCUACUGUUGUACAUUUGAGUGGCAGCUCUAACUUUUGACAGAGCCAUUUGUUAUGUAGUGAUAGUGACUUUCCUGCUAUGCAGGAACCCUGUGAUGUGUGCAUUUUAUAUGAUGUGCCUCUUCAUGCAGUCAAUCAUUUCUUGUUAAUGUAUGCUUGAGGAGCUUUGAACUUCAGUGUCAUUUACCCAUGACGUUAUUCACGUUGUAAAAGGUUAUACAGGAAAUUAACAACUACAGUUUUUAUUCUGUCAGGUUACUGAGUUCACUUUAUGAAAAUGACUGUAAAUACUUAGCAUGACACACUCAGAAACUUGUCUGUUUCAGCAUGCAUAAGACUUUUUCUUAGAGAAACUGAUAAUGCUUAAGUCUAAAUCAGCCUUUGUACGUUAUCAAAAGGGAACCAAGCCUGAUGUGCUCACAUCAGCAUCUGGAAGAUUCUCUUCUCCUCUAAUCUGUGUGCACAUCUCCAAGCAAAGAAGGAAAAAACAAACUCUGCUCAUAUAUCUGUUGGGUUUAGACACCUGAAGGAACCUAGAUGAAGUACAGUCUGAGUUGCCAUCAUGCACAAGUAGAGAUGCUCUCAGACGUGUUUUCUUUUGUUGUUCUUUGUGAACCCUACAUGUUUGAAUAGCUUGAACAUUGCAUCUUUUAAACUUAUUUUUAAGGUUCUUUGGCAUUUUAUCCUAGUUGUUCGUGUUUGGCAAUGUGAUGUUACAGUAAUAGACUUUUAAUUUUUAUGUAUUUUUUGUUUGUUCUCCCUUGGAGUACUUGGACAAAUGUUAUAGUGGUUUCUUUUAGGAAAAUCUGUCAUUAAAAAAAAUUAUAGCCUUUCAAAUAACCACUCACUGUAUUUAAAUCACAAUUUAUUCUAGUGAGAAGAGUGCUGACUUCAUUUAUCUUCUACCUAUAUACCUAGUGUGAAAGGAGGAAGAAAGAUGUUUUAAAAAGAAACAAACAGAAACCUAACAA